AUGAUACAAUGGGCUUGGAAGGGUUACACUACCUAUGCAUACGGUUACGAUUCGCUUAAUGUCCAGACGUACGAGGGUACGGGAAUUCCAGAUCGUAACAUGGCACUAACGCUAGUUGAUUCACUAGAUACACUCUAUUUAGUAGGAAUGUUUCAAGAGUUUGACCGUGCAAGUGAAUGGGUUGCUAACAAUAUGGAGCAACGGAUCUUUCUUAGUGGAUUUAUCAGUCUUUUUGAAACGACGAUUCGGGUCAUGGGAGGAUUGUUAUCGGCAUAUUAUAUGUCGGGGCAUGUUCAUUUCCUUAUGAUUGCAAAGACACUAGGAUUGGCACUUUCUCCGGCGUUUGACGUUUAUGUGCAUGGUAUUCCGGCCAAAGACUUUGAUACUGCGACGAAAUUGGUACGUAAUAUUCCGUCACUAGCAGAAGUAGGCUCGCUGCAAUUGGAAUUCAAGUACCUUGCCCGGGCGACUGGAUACACAAUGCUCGAAGAGCAAGUAGACCGCAUUUCUGACUUGCUUGCAAAACAAGUUGACGAGAAGUAUACCAAUGGCCUUUUGCCAGUUCAGCUGAGUAUGCACGAUGGAAAGGUCAUUACAUCGAAGAUUACACUGGGGGCUAACGGCGAUAGUUAUUAUGAGUAUCUGCUGAAACAGUGGCUGUUGUCGGGCAAAAAGGACGACAAGUUCAGGACUCGAUAUAUAACAGCGGUCGAUGGCAUCAUGGACAAGCUUUUGGGCAAGUCUACACCCAAUGGGUUGAUAUUCGUUGGAGAGCUUGUGCAUGGCAAACUUGAACCCAAGAUGGAUCAUUUGGUGUGCUUUGUGCCGGGUAUGCUGGCGCUAGGCUACAUGAACGGAAUGCCUGAGGAGCACCUUACGCUUGCGAAGCAGCUCAUGGAGACCUGCUACCAAAUGUACGCGCAGAUGGAGGCUAAGCUUGCCCCUGAAAUCGUGUACUUCAACAUGAAUGAGAGUGUUGAAGAAGAUUUGCUCGUCAGCACAAACGACGCCUUCAACCUAUUACGUCCUGAAACGGUGGAGAGUCUGAUGAUACUAUAUCGCGCCACAAAGGAUGAGACAUAUCGCGAAUAUGGUCGUGAAAUCAUGAAGGCGUUCGAAAAGAACUGCCGGUUAGAACGCGGCGGGUAUGCUAGCAUUGGCAACGUGGCCAAGGGUCCUAUUAAAAUUGGUUUCACUAAAGAGAUGGAGAGCUUUUUCAUCGCUGAGACGCUCAAGUAUCUCUUCCUUCUGUUUUCGAACGAUUCGGUGUUGGCUUUGGAUGACAUUGUUUUCAAUACGGAAGCUCACCCGUUACCGAUCAACAAAGCCGACAUAUAG